ACUUCCACGCGGGAUCGAUGCUGAAGCCAAGGUUUCCGCCAAUUUUCAGCUUGCCCCGAAUUUUUGUUAAUUCAAAUGUCUUCAGUGAUCGGACUAACUACUUAUAGUUCUUGGGUUCUAAACGUGAAAUCUUCAGUGAAACUUGAUUUAAGGUUACAAGUUUUUUAAUAAUAUGAUUACAUAAUUGGUCCCGACAAUCGGAGCGAGAGCGAGCGAGAGCGACCGAAGUUAGGUUCGAACUGCCUUUAAGUUUUUCUUAAUGCUAGAUGCACUACACAUAUGUACCACACAAGUAUAUGGCACGCGCACACACAUAACACCCCCCUUAUCACUCAGAAGACCUUCCCGUGCAGAAGGGCUGAACAGUUGGGGCCAACUCGACGUCCUGGGCUCUUGUAGUAGUCGUGGUCGUGGUUGGUCGGCGUGAUUUUAGUUUCUUCCACACCAGUAUUCCGGCGGUUGCAAUAACCAGCACGUAUAAGGGUACGAUCCAUACCAGGUUACUAUUAUUUUUAGGAUCAAAUGGUUGUAUCUGCUGAAGUUCCUCCUUUUCUAAUAGAGCUUGGAGUUUAUAUAAUUGUUCUAAUGGAACCCUUUCCAGUUUCAACGGUUGUGCAUUAUUUAGGAUCGUUAUAUUGGACAAUUGGAAGGAUAUAAGUUUGAAGCCGGGUAUUCAUUAGGCAACAUUUGUUGAUAAACUGUUUACGAAUUUCAUCACUUGUUCCGCAACAAGUUUACCGUAAACACUGUUUCUGAAACUUAGCAGUCCACACUAGUUUAGUUGUUGCUAGGAUGUCGCCCGAAGAGGUAGUGAUGCUCUGUGCUGCUUAUAUAAUAAUGCACAAGUGUAAAGCUAAGAAAAAAAAGAAAAGGUGGUGGAUGAGAAAUUACCUCAUGAAUAGAACUUACGUAUUUGAUGAUCUUAGAGGCUUUGAUGGAUCAUUCCAGAAUUUUACCAGAAUGUCACGAUCUGACUUUGAAACAUUAUUGGGAUUGAUUGGACCUGCUAUAACAAGACAGGAGACAAAAUUUCGGCAUCCCAUUGAGCCCCAAAGACGACUGGCUAUAACUUUACGGUUUAUUGCAACAGGUGACUUGUAUGGCUCACUGUCAUAUACUUUUAAAGUAUCAAAACAAAUAAUCAGCAAGAUCAUACCAGAAGUUUGUCAGGAAUUGAUAAAUGUUUUGAAGGACUAUGUAAAGGUGCCACAAACUGAACAAGAAUGGAAAAAGAAGGCCCGCCAGUUCGAGUUAUUAUGGAAUUUUCCUCAUUGUAUCGGUUCCAUUGAUGGAAAACAUAUUGUUAUUGAAGCACCAUUUAAUUCUGGCAGUGAUUAUUUCAAUUAUAAAGAACAAUUCAGCAUUAUACUACUGGCAAUAGUUAACGCAGAUUACAACUUUAUAUGUAUAUGCGAAUUGUGGUGCUAAAGGCAGAUCUUCCGACAGUGGAGUAUUUCAAGAAACUUCAUUUUACGAUGCAAUGACUGCAAACCGGCUUAAUUUUCCACAGCCACAACCAAUAUUACCAAAUGGUCCGAAUCUACCUUAUGUAAUAGUAGGGGAUAGUGCAUUUGCCUUAUCUGAAAAUAUGAUGAAACCGUAUCCUGGCGUUCACAACCGUGGAACUACAAAACGCAUUUUCGACUACCGCCUUUCCAGAUCAAGAAGGAUUGUAGAAAAUGUGUUUGGUUUAUUAAGUGCUGUCUUUCGCGUUUUCAGAAAAGCCAUGCCUCUUAAGCCUGCUACUUGUGAAAUUGUAACAAUGGCGUGUGUAUAUUUGCAUAACUUUUUAAGGCGUAAUAAACAGUCCCGAGCUAUAUAUACUCCACCAGGAACAUUCGAUUAUGAAGACCCAGAAUAUAACGUUAUAGAAGGUUCUUGGCGAAGAGAAGUUGCUCCUCAUGGCAUGUUGAAUUUACAACCUAUUGCAAGACACCCACCACUAGCUGCAGCGGUCGUAAGAGAUCACUUCGCUGAACAUUUUAGUAGUCCAGAAGACAGUGUGCCAUGGCAAAAUUCUCACGCAUAAAGAUAGUACCCACUGAAUACGUGUUUUUUUAAUAAAGUUCUGAUAACAU